AAGAGGGACUCAGAUCACCUGGAAUUAUGGCAAUGUAUUGCAAGGAUACCUAUGAAAAUGGGGUGUCACGAGAAGCUGAACUUUGCAUCCCAGUUCUGAAACAUGCAGCAACCUCAUGGAGACAGAUUCAUCACUCGGCAUUUCGGUGUGCUAGCAAGUUCAAGUGACCUGCCAGAUUUCUUAGCGUUAAUGUGAAAGAUAAUAACACAUUUGUUUUUGAUUUGAUUUGAUUUGAUUUGAUUUCUACCAGUCAAAUGGGCACCUUGAUUAGGCAGACUCUCCCCCAAGAACACCGGGGGCCUCUGACAUCCCUUAUGUCCAACCCAGACACAGCCCUUCUGUGGCCUCAGCAUAUCUGCCCAGUCCAAUCAGCGAUAGCCAGAAUAGAAAGGAAGGAAGACCCAAGAGAGGGAAGUAGGCUUGCCCAGGCAGCAGCAGCCCGCUACUUCCCUGCUAACCAGGGCAGAGGCUGGUCUGCACCCCCUAUCCAGCUGGCCCCUGCAGUCAUGCCUCUUCUGCUUCUAGAAGCCAUCCCUGAGAACAUCAUUGCAGAACUCAAAACACAUUGCAUCAUACAAAAAGAAGUGGAGAAUUAAGGCAAUUAUCCAAUUAUUAAAAACCAUUUCUCAUCGGAAUAGCUAAA